ACCCUGUGACAGUUAGACUUUGAGCAAGAGAUUCGCAGGAUCCAAAAUGAUUUAUGUCCCCUCACAGUUCCCAUUAGAGCUUGACAUAUCAAAGACAUAUAAACUAUAAAAGAAUCUAAGCUUUAAAACUAUAGCAAGAGGAAUAAUCAAGAAGUGUGGAGGAAUGUUUUAGGAAAGAGGGCUGUUACACACUACAAUGGGUUUCUUAAGCAGAGUAGUGGUCGUCUCCUUUGCUUCAUGGAUGAAGAAUACAAACUUCUAUGAGUAUGGUAUGGCAGUCAUGGGAAGCAUGGGAAUGGAUGAUUACUCAAAGAGUAGAAGCAAAGUAUUAGCAACUUUCUGCUGUUUUCUCAGAUGAGUUAGGUCUGAAUGAUCAAACCCUAGGCUAUGAGGUCUGACCCCUUUGACACUAUGGCAUCCUCAUCCUCCCAGAAUGAUAGCACUGACACAGAGAUUAGCAGCUCUGAGUCUAAUUUCAGCCUCUCUGUGGGCUAUUUUCCCUCCCAGGAAACAAACUUUUAUGAGGAAACAAGCCCAGAGAGUGAUACCAUGCAUUUUCUCCCACCCAUCCAAGGAGCAUGGCUGACUAAAAGCACAGGGAGACUGAAAGGAAGACAUAGCCAAGCUCAGAUAAGCCCAGAACAAUUUUCCAAACUUAGCAUUACUUUAGCGUGGGAUAUUGAUUUGGGUCCUGACCAAUCAGACACAGUAACUGACUGGGACUUAAAGAAAGAAAAUGACUGGGCAGACAUGAAGCAAGAACAAAAUAUACACGGGACUAUGAGGAAGUUAGAGUGUUUUGCUCAAAAGUUGAAAACAAAUAUUCAGAAAGAAGAUAAUCUUAUCCCUGAAUCACUUCUAAAAGAAGAUUCCCAUACCAUCACAGUUCCCCCUCUGGAAACCACUAAAACCACAACUAAGUCCAUCCAAGAAGAGAAUAUGUCUCAAGAUUCUCCAAUUGUUCAACUUCUAAAAAACAGACAUCUGGUCCAAGAAGUCAUGUCACAGGAGCUCAGAGCAACAAAAGAGAUGGAAACACCAAGCUACAAGGACAAGAGAACAUGUUCUGGAGAAUCUUCUUCACUCUCCACAGGAAAGAGGGAAUACCAGCCUCCUCCUUCCUCAGGUGCCUUGAUGUUAUUCCUAUGGAACACUGAUGUCUUCAAAUUCACUGUCUUGUAUCUGCUGCCAUUCAUUCUAUUCACAUGGUUGUCUGGGAAAAGCAGCUGAGGUAUCAUUAGCAGUCUUCUGGAGUCUGUGGGCUGUCUAAGCUUGAAAAAUGAAAUUUGUCUUACAUUUGAUGUCAAGUACAGUAAUUCACUUAUGAAAUCUGCCUAGGUUUGUGAAUUAAUAAUUGUCCUAGUCUGACAGCUCUACAGUUUGAGAGUAUACUCAUUACGUAAUACUUGUUUUAUUUGAUACUCAGCUAAAGUCUUUCUUAUGAUAUUCUCUAAAAAUAAGAUCAAUAAAGACAACUUCCAUAGCCCUUAAAAA